AUGAACGCCAGCGAAGUCAUAAAGAAGAUUUGUACAAAUCAGGAAGAAGCUUAUAUAAUGUACGAUGAGUGUAUGUUACGGUACUCGAAUCGAUCUAUAUUCUCUGUUAUGGAGAUAUCUCCAAAAAUCAUGUACUUUGGCUUCUACAAUCUUAGCACAGACGUCUCAGACCAAUUUAAUGCAACUUUGGCGGGUUUGAUGGAUGGCCUUGUUAUGAAAGCUACUUCUUCUAGUGAUUUGUUUGCUGAUGGAGAUGUGAAUUAUACAUCCUUGAGUAGGAUAUAUGGUCUGGUGCAGUGCACCCCGGACAUUUCUCCAGUUGAUUGCAACACUUGCUUACAUGUGUCUGUUGUUGAUAUACUUUCUCUCUUUGAUGGAAAGCAAGGAGGAAGAGUUCUCAGGCCAAGCUGCAAUGUUAGGUACGAAAUAUACCCUUUCUACCAGUCCAGGGCUGCUACAGUACCAGCUACUUCCUCAGCUUCAUUGACCAAAAACAGAGGUAAGCUCAUGGCUUCAGUCUUCUGA